AUGCAGGGCGAUAUGCCGAUGCUGCGCUACUUCGCCCGCCUCAAGGAGUACGCCGAUCAGCUGGCCGACCUCGGCUUCCCCGUCGACGACAAGGCCCAGGUGAUGAACAUGUUUCGCGGUCUCAACCCGCGCUACUUCUACGCCAUUCCCAUCCUCACCAUGCAGCUGCCGUUCCCGUCGUUCCUCCGCUGCCGUGCCUUCCUCAUCCUCGAGGAGUCCCGCCUCAACAUGGCCGCUGCUCCACCAUCUGAUGUUGCCCUGCACGCCAGCCGUGCACCACCUAGCGGCCACAACACCAGCGCCCCCACCAACGUCACCACCAACGGGGGCGCCGCACGCACUGGCAACGGCAACGGCAACCGCAACCGCAGAGGCAAAGGCAAGGCCGUGCAGACCGCUGGCGACUCCGGCGGCUCCUCCAGCGGAUCCUCCUCCACUGGCGGCCCAACUGUUGGUCGCAUCGUCCAGAUGCCUGCACCAACCUCCAACCCGUGGACCGGCAUGGUCCAUGCAUGGCCCAUGCCUUGGCGCCCGCACGCUCCAGGUGCUGGUGUUCUUGGCCCGCGCCCUGGCGCCCCUUCGCCCUUCGCCGGCCACGCCGCACAUCAGCAGCCGUUCGCCGGCCACGUCGUGCAGCAGCAGCAGCCGCCGAUGCAGCCCUCGGCCUCGCCCUACUACAACGGCCCCACCUGGGACCAGGCCGCCCUGGUGCAGGCCCUGAACAACAUGAGCAUCCAACAGCAGCAGGCGCCGCCGGCACCCACAGGCGAGUGGUACCUCGACACGGGCGCGUCUUCGCACAUGUCCAACAACCCCGGAUCGAGCAACCAGGACGGUGAUCCUCCGAUGUAAUUCUGGCGGCGACCUGUACCCUGUUCGUGUGUCCCCGCCCUCCUCCAUCAGCCUCCACGCCACCGCAGUCUCUGCUGAUGUCUGGCACCAGCGCCUCGGCCACCCUGGACGCACCACGCUCUCCCGCGCCCUCCGCUACAUAGCGCCUAGCUCUAGUUCAGUAGAUGUGCCCGCGCACACUUGUCAUGCUUGCCAAGUAGGAAAAAAUGUUAGGUUUCCAUUUUCCGAUUCUCAGCAUGUUUCAUAUUUCCCAUUUCAGCUUGUACAUUGUGAUAUUUGGACCUCGCCAGUGUUAAGUUCAUCAGGCUAUCAAUAUUACC